AGGGAAGACAUUCAGUGAUUUCCUUUGCUCUAUAGCCGAUGAACAUCAGUGGGAAUUUGCUAUAUUGAGUAAGAAAUCUAGGAGAGAGAUUUCUAAGAAAGGGGGAGGGUUCCCAAUAGUAAGACUUGCAUUGUAUUUAGCUAGGGAGAUGCGUGUGUAAAUUAAAAUAGAACCUGUGGGAGUACUACAGAAAGGUUCUCAGUCUAAAUCAGAUGAUUUUCAUUGAUGAAAUUCAGUGUUAUACUUGAAUAACUGUCUAAGGCAGUACACGUCAGGCUGACAUACAGUCAAGUUCCUCAGCAACCGUUUGAAGGGAUUUUGAGUAAGAAAUGUUGUAAGGUCAUUAUUAUGAUGGCUUCCAUUAUUAAUCAAGACCUAUUUUCUCCAGUUCAUUUUCUGAAUCUGUUACUUAUGUCAUGUCUGCCCCCAAGUCAACUUUAAAUCAUCUUUUAUACAUGUGGAACUCUAGAAUUAUGUUAAAUUCCCCAAGGAAGCAGUUAUCUUUAAAAUGAAAAGCGUCAAACUACAAAGGAAAGUGGUUGCAUUAUUUCAGGAUAAAACAUGUUCCCCAAGGCUUUAUCCUCAGACCUUUCACUGCCUGGCUUAGCGGUGUGCGCUACAGUUAGCCCCACAGUCCUCCUGCUGGGAUUUUACAUUAGGGCAAGACAGAGGUGGUUCACCUGUCAUUCAGGAAGGUUUUACAGAGUCAUCAUUGCAGUCAUUUUGAGCUAUUUAAUGUUCAAACUGGAGUAGUUUUUCUUUAUAGAACCGUUCUUUCGAAUUUAGAAAAGAAAAUCGUGACAAUUAUAAAGUCCAAUUAUUCAAACCCAGUUUAUCAUUUUCAGGCCUUUGGCAAAUUGGCCUUAGCCUGCAAUCAUGAGAGAUCUAAAAGUCUGCUAUUAAGCCUCAAAACCUCACUGGCUGCAGAACAGCUUAAGAGCCUAUUUGACUCUGUAGAAUGUAAGACAGAUUUGGUUUCUGUCCGUAGGCUCUGUGUGACCUAAGACAACUACUUAGGCCAACACAUAGCCAACGAUAUGUUGAGUCUGGUUGCUGUGAUCAUAAGCAUUUUGAAAUGUUUGAAAUUACCUCCAUAUGGAACCAUGGAGGUAAGUAGUUCACUGUUAACACAGCUCACACGUCUGUAUCAUUCUGUUAGUCCUAGCCAACUACCAUGCUCCUUUUCUUGAAUGACGUUUAGAAACACAUCUCUAAUAAACAAUAUACAAUGGGCAGUUGUUGGAACCAAAAUUGUUCAGACUUAAGGAAUUGUUAUUGAAAAAUUGCCUUACUUGCUUAUUCUAGUGAGAAGAGGUUCCAGUCUUUGUGUCAGAGGAGCAUGUUAGUGAUGGUAUCUAAAUGAAGUGUCUUAGUUACUGAGAAGUCCCUCUUCCCUACCCUGUCAUAAGGACUGAGAAGAGAUGGCCUGGGAAGCCAAUGCUUCUUAUUUGGGCCUGAUGCUAUUACUGUUUACUUGAAACCCUUGUGAGUGUAGUUAUUUCAGAGAACACUGGGCAAUGACUGGUGCAGUUACCAUCCUACCAGCACUGUACCAUGUUUUUAAAGCAUUUUAUAGCUUAGCUGAUGUAACAGGUUUUACAAUGUAUUGUAUAUAGGAGUUCCAUUCUCUAUCAGAUAGAAUAUCUUUGAAGCUGAAAUAGAGGUGGCUGGCAUGUGCCAAACCUGGCUUAAAGGCCCUUUAUUCAUUUAGUGAGUCACUGAAACCUAUAUGUAUUGAAUGAUGAUGACAUGCAAAGAGCGAUUAACAGGUAGAUAGAAUAGAACUGAUUCUGAUGGAUUAUAAACAGGGUAAAGACAGGAAAAAUUUCAGAGGCAGGGGUGGAUCUCUUGACUUUAAGACAACCCUGUUCUAUCUAUAGAGUGGAGUUACAGUCAAGGCUACACAGAGAAACUGUCUGGAAAAAAACAAAAAAAAGGAAAAUUUUUUUCAUUACAUUCAUGUGUGUUUAUGUGUGUAUGAAUGUGCCAUGGCACACAUGUAGGUCAGACGACAUCUUGAGAAUCAGUUCUUUCAUUCCACCUUGUGGGAUGCUGGGAUUGAACUCAGGCCAUUAGGGUUGGUUGGGAUCAACCUCUACUUACUGAACCAUCUCAUCAGCCUGAAAUUAGAUUAUCUGAUUUAAAUGUUUCCUUUUACAGAGACCCCAGGUGCUUACACUGGCUCCCAGGCACUCUGCCUCAGCUUUCUGUAUUUAUCGCCUAAUUUCCCUGAAAGUUUCACUUAGCCCAAGACAUGGUUUUUCCUCGAACCCUUUAUAGUUCUGCCAGCUCCCUCAGGGGAAUGUACCAUGGCUGGAUUUUAAUCCGUUAGAAUGGUGGCUUCAGCUGUGAAAGUUUUAGCUAAGAUUUUAAUGACCAGGUUUAAGUAAAUGUAAUAGAUGGACCAGCAGGUGUUCUAAUUACAGUCGCCAUUAAAAGGCUUUUUGUGAGGGUUUAAAAGUUACUAUUAAAACGAUGGUCUGUGCUGCGCCGUGCCUGCACCACGUCAUCCACCAGCGGGGAAGACUUCAGUGUCCUGGGAAAAGAUUCAUAUAAAAAGGAAAGAGGAGAAGAGAAGCAUUGCAGCACUCAAGCCACUGUCCAAGCCACUCAAGCUUGCUGUCCCUUUGGCUUUCAUAUCCAAACAGGUAAAAUUCUUUGUGUUUCUCAUGUUAUUUUAAUGUUGCUUGAUAUUGUAUGUCUGAGGGAUAUUUUGCCCUCAACGGUCCAGUUUAGAUGUGAGGGGAACCAAGGAAGCCUUGCCCUUCACUGACCGGCCUUAUCAACCACCAGCCUUUGGGGAAGAGCCAACCUUUUGAGAACUCAGCAGCUCGUGUCCCAGUGCUGGACAUUGAUCUUAGCCUCAUCCCCAUCAGAUGAAAUAAUUUGGAGGCACAUUUUAUCACCUAACUGUAGGCUUACUUGGCAAGGGGCCCAUCCAAGAUAGGUGUGUCUCCACCUGGAUCAGUAUUGAGUUCUACAUUGGUCUGGAAGCCGGUCCGGCCAGCUGUGAUGCACUAACGACCAGAAGACAGACAGAGAAAUGUCACGUGUGCCACAGGGUAGCAAAGUCAAACAGUCUUUUAUUAGCCAUCGACACUUAACGGAGGCUUCCGAUUCAGAGCAGAUGGCCCAGCUUCUAACCUCAUGAAUGACAGAGUUGAGAACUAAGCUCUACUGGGGAUUGUACAGACAAAGUGUGAGUUUGGUAAAGGAUGACUUAUGGGCUGCAGGUAACUAAAUAAAAAUAAAAGAUGGACUACAUUAACCACAAAAAAAGUACUGAGGAUGCCAGAAUGAAGUACAGAUGUUUGUUCCCAGUGUCUGAGAAGCAAGCUCAAGACAGGCAGAUGCCCCUGUGUUUCUUGGCUCCCUGUACAGCUUGUGUAGGGUUGGUGGUCCAGAUGCUGGCCUCCUUGACAAGCAGUCUUCAUUUUCACUCAUUGCAGUCUGGGUGUGUCAUGAUUGUAUCUUGAUGCCCCUUAGAAUGAAGAUGAUCCCCAAAUUCACGGCUGCUCUUCUUCUGCUGACUCUGUGUUUGGAAGGCUGCUCCAACCAGCACUGGUCCUAUGGAUUACGCCCGGGAGGAAAGAGAAAUGCUGAACACUUGGUUGAUUCUUUCCAGGAGAUGGGCAAAGAAGUGGAUCAAGUGGCAGAACCCCAGCACUUUGAAUGCACUGUCCACUGGCCCCGUUCACCCCUCAGAGACCUGCGAGGAGCUCUGGACAGUCUGAUUGAAGAGGAAACCAGGCAGAAGAAGAUGUAAAUGCAUUGGUCCAGAAGGAUCCACAACACUCCAGUGUAACACUGACACUGAGAUUUGUGACCUGUUACAGACCUGUAAUUGUGUGGACCUCAGCAUUUUUAUACCCAGCAGUAUGGAUUUCAUAAUAAAAUAAUGUGUUGUGGAUGAA